AUGUCGUCGAACUCGUGCAAACACGGUGACCGAGAAAAGGAUCAGAAUAAUAAUUUCGUCAACUCGACCGCCCACGGCGGGGCGGGAAUUGAUCGCGAAGCACGAGCCCGCCGCAUUGCGUCCCGAUCGGCAAGAGAUGAUCUCCAAUUGUUUCGCGGAAUUCGCAAUCAGCACCACUACCAGCAGCAGCAGCCGCAGCAGCAGCAGCACGUGCAACAGCAGUCACCCACAUCAGGUGGUGGGCGUGCUGAACGAGACACAACGGCUGGUAACGGAGGUGGGUCGCAAGUGACCGCUAAAGCAAUGUGGGGCAAUGUCAGUGCCAUCAAGGAGCUGCGCGAACAGGAGCAAAACGAUCGACAGCUCGGCACUCGCGCUACAGGACGUCGGCAGUGA